GUAUAAAAUAUCAAUUUUAGUCAGAAAAUUACAUUAUCCUCGGAAUACAUGGGUAUUUCAUUUUAUAACUUCUUCUGGAUAACAACUUCUUUCUUGUUUUCACCUGAAGUGUUGUUAUAAGCAGUUAAGAAGUUGUUGAUUGUAAAAUGUUAAAAGUAAAGAUUGUUUAUUCCAGUUCAUAACCAAUGAUAUUGGAAAGAAUGCAUGUGAUAUAAUGUUCUAUGUAUUGCAGCAUGUGAAUUGUUAUUCCAAAGAAUUGCAAUACGCAAUUCAGGCCAAUGCCCAUCUCUUGUGAUAACAUAAUUUGUUAUUCUGGGGCCAAAGUUUGUAAAUACUCUUGAUUAAAAUUUGAUACAUAAGUAAUACCUGAAUGGAUACAUGUGUAUGAUGAUGCAGUGUACAGUGUGCUGUACCUUAUUGAAUCAAGCCAUGUAUGUGUUGCAGGAUAGAGGGCUUCGUGUCCAAGUGUGAACAUGGCCGAGGAAGAGGGAGCUCCGACAGACAGUUCAUCUUCAUCAACAAGAGGCCGUGUGACUCAGCCAAGUUGUCCAAGCAGAUCAAUGAGGUGUACCACAGCUACAACCGCCAUCAGUACCCCUUUGUGGUGUUGACCAUCACUAUGGACAAAGAGAGUGUUGAUGUGAAUGUGACCCCCGACAAGAGACAGCUCUUCCUUCAGGGGGAGAAACUCCUACUAGCAACACUGAAGACGUCACUGGUGAAGAUGUUUGAGCCAACUACCAACAUACUAAAGAUCAACACCUUCAUGACUCUCAACACUAGCAGAGGUGACAAAGAUGACGACAGUUCAGAUACAGGGUCUGACAGAUCAUUGCAGGUGGUACCAGAAGGACCAAAAACAGGAAAGCCAACUCUCGUGAACACCCUGUCCAAACUAAAGCGGUCAUUUUCCAGCGCUUUUGCAAAGGAUGAUGGGACAGGACACUUUCAGACUUCUAGUCCUGAACAAUCAAAACAGAGAAGACUUGACAAAUGGACAUUACCCCAAAGUCAAAGUCUCCCUGCAAAGUUCAAAUCUGAGGAAACCUCACCUGGUAAAUCUUCUCUUUCAAAGUUUCUGUGCAAACAAUCCACAAACUUGGGAGAAUCUGAUUCUGUGAUAGACUCCGACUCAGGGAUGACAGAAUCCCCCAGCAAACACUCAUCUGCAUUAUCUCGGAAAACAGGAGCUGAUCAUUUGUUUUCAUCUCCAGUGAGUGCAGAAAGAGGCUCACAUGUUGACAGUUUUUUAUCAGAUUUUAAACAGAAGUGCACCAAGGAUGCAACAAACAGUGAAUGUGGAUCCAGUCAAUCCUCAGAUUGUGUUAUUGUUGUUCCGGAACUGAUCCCAUCUCCCCAAGGUAGUGACUCCACAUUCUGUAGCCAAGAAUCCAAAACAGACAGCUUUGCUGUACCAGACACAGAUCUGGACUAUAUUCAGUGUGAGGAAGACACAGCUGAUGAGGGCAUGUCAUCUCUGAAAACUUCAAAACAUUCAAGUCCAAAUAUGGUAAACCUUGAGGAAAUGUCUAAAUCCUCUGUGUUAAAGAAGACAAGAUUAAAAGGUGAUACAUGUGAACUAGAGGAUGUUGUAGAUGUAGAGGAGGAGGCAUCACGCUGGGCUGCUGCAGGUGUUUCAGGAGAAGCUUCACGGGAGAGUCCAGAUGAUACACUACUACCUCAGGAAUGUCAGGUUACCCUGCUGGAGUUUGAUGAGAAAGAAGAGGUUCACAAAAGAGAGAGAAGACUUCCGUUUUCCUUCAGUGCUUUCAAGGCGAGGAAACAGGCUCUGAAUGAAACAAGCCAUGAUGGAAAUGGUGAUACAGAUUUCAGCCGCAGUUUCCGAGCCAAGAUUUCCCCCCAGGACAACAGGUCUGCUGAAGAGGAGCUCCAGAGAGAAAUAACGAAAGACAUGUUUGGCAAGAUGGAGAUCAUCGGCCAGUUUAACCUGGGCUUCAUCCUGGCCAAGCAUGGGGAGGACUUGUUCAUUGUGGAUCAGCAUGCGACUGAUGAGAAGUACAACUUUGAGAUGUUACAGAGACAUACAGUCAUACAGAGUCAGAAGCUUAUACUUCCCCAAAACCUGGAGCUGACCGCCAGCAAUGAGACUAUCCUGAUAGACAACCUAGACAUCUUCAGGAAGAAUGGCUUUGACUUUGUCAUUGAUGAAACAGCCCCUCCCACCAGCAGAGUGAAACUGACCUCAACGCCAGUCAGUAAAAACUGGAACUUUGGCAAAGAUGACAUAGAAGAACUCAUCUUCAUGCUGACAGACUCACCAGGUGUCAUGUGUCGGCCGUCACGAGUCAGGAUGAUGUUUGCCUCAAGGGCCUGUCGGAAGUCCAUCAUGAUUGGAACAGCUCUCAAUAAAGCAGAAAUGAAAAAGCUGCUGUGCCAUAUGAGUGAUAUUGAGCAGCCAUGGAACUGCCCCCAUGGUCGUCCAACAAUGAGGCAUCUGUUCAAUCUCAACAUGCUGCCAAAAUGAUCGUUUCCAGUGCAGCUGUUGAUGUUCGCUCAAGAGUUGUCUCCCUUGAAUCAGUGAUCUUUUAGCAAGGCGCACCUUAACAGUGUGAGAAAAUCAGAAUCAUUAAACAGACAUUAUCUGUGAAAGUUUAAUGACAAGAAGCUGUAAAUAAAGACUUUUUAAAUCUGC